GGGUGGGGGGCGGGAGGGGACCGGGGCCGCUCUAGAGGCGCCCGGGUCCGGUCGCUGCACCGAUUUUAAGUAGCAUCUUUCGGAUUUGUUGCCGCGGUAUCAGUCCCGACCUCGGCGCUGCCUGGGCUCUCGAAGCCUCUCCCUAGGUCUCCUCCAAACGACCACCUCACGGAUUCCUUAUGGAUCGCAGCUCCAAGAGGAGGCAGGUGAAGCCUUUGGCAGCUUCUCUGCUAGAAGCUCUCGAUUAUGAUAGUUCAGAUGACAGUGAUUUUAAAGUUGGAGAUGCCUCAGAUUCUGAAGGGAGUGGUAAUGGAAGUGAAGAUCCUUCAAAGGACAGUGGAGAAGGUUCCUGUAGUGAUUCUGAAGAAAAUAUUUUAGAAGAAGAACUGAAUGAAGAUAUUAAAGUAAAAGAAGAACAACUUAAAAAUUCUGCAGAGGAAGAAAUACUGUCCUCAGAAAAACAGUUAAUUAAAAUGGAAAAGAAGGAGGAAGAAGAGAAUGGAGAAAGACCUAGAAAGAAAAAGGAGAAAGAGAAAGACAAGGAAAAAGAGAAGGAGAAAGAAAAAGAGAAAGAGAAGGAAAGAGAGGAGAAAGAAAAAGCAACAGUAUCUGAUAAUGUGGCUGCUUCUGCUGCUUCUACCACACCAGCCACAAGUCCUCCUGCUGUUAACACAUCUCCAUCAGUCCCCACUACAACAACCACUACAGAGGAACAAGUCAGUGAGCCAAAAAAGUGGAACCUUCGUCGAAAUCGACCGCUUUUGGAUUUUGUAUCCAUGGAAGAGCUGAAUGAUAUGGAUGACUAUGACAGUGAAGAUGACAAUGAUUGGCGACCUACUGUAGUAAAGAGAAAGGGAAGAUCUGCAUCUCAGAAAGAAGGAAGUGAUGGAGACAAUGAGGAUGAUGAAGAUGAGGGAAGUGGAAGUGAUGAGGAUGAUAAUGAUGAAGGCAAUGAUGAAGAUCACAGCAGCCCUGCCAGUGAAGGGGGUUGCAAGAAGAAGAAGAGUAAAGUUCUUAGCAGAAACAGUGCUGAUGAUGAGGAACUGACCAAUGAUAGCCUGACACUAUCUCAAAGCAAGAGUAAUGAGGACUCGCUGAUUCUUGAGAAGAGUCAAAACUGGAGUUCUCAAAAAAUGGACCACAUUCUGAUUUGCUGUGUUUGUCUUGGAGAUAAUAGCGAGGAUGCUGAUGAAAUAAUUCAGUGUGACAAUUGUGGCAUUACGGUCCAUGAAGGUUGCUAUGGAGUUGACGGAGAGAGUGACUCAAUUAUGAGUUCAGCUUCUGAAAACUCCACUGAACCUUGGUUUUGUGAUGCCUGUAAAUGUGGUGUUUCCCCUAGCUGUGAACUAUGUCCCAAUCAGGAUGGAAUUUUCAAGGAGACAGAUGCUGGAAGAUGGGUUCAUAUUGUCUGUGCCCUGUAUGUUCCUGGAGUAGCCUUUGGAGAUAUUGACAAAUUACGACCAGUAACACUGACAGAAAUGAACUAUUCCAAAUAUGGUGCCAAGGAAUGUAGCUUCUGUGAAGACCCUCGUUUUGCUAGAACUGGAGUUUGCAUUAGCUGUGAUGCAGGGAUGUGCAGAGCCUAUUUCCAUGUGACCUGUGCCCAGAAGGAAGGUCUGCUUUCAGAGGCAGCAGCAGAAGAGGAUAUAGCAGAUCCAUUUUUUGCUUAUUGUAAGCAACAUGCAGAUAGGUUAGACAGAAAGUGGAAGAGAAAAAACUACUUGGCUCUUCAAUCCUAUUGUAAAAUGUCUUUGCAAGAAAGGGAGAAGCAACUGUCACCAGAAGCACAGGCAAGAAUCAAUGCCCGGCUUCAGCAAUAUCGUGCCAAAGCAGAACUAGCUCGAUCCACCAGACCCCAGGCCUGGGUUCCAAGGGAAAAAUUGCCCAGACCACUCACUAGCAGUGCUUCAGCCAUUCGUAAACUGAUGCGGAAAGCAGAGCUAAUGGGAAUCAGUACAGAUAUCUUCCCAGUGGACAAUUCAGAUACUAGUUCUAGUGUGGAUGGAAGGAGAAAGCAUAAGCAACCUGCUCUCACUGCUGAUUUUGUGAAUUAUUACUUUGAGAGAAAUAUGCGCAUGAUUCAAAUUCAGGAAAAUAUGGCUGAACAAAAGAAUAUAAAGGAUAAAUUAGAGAAUGAACAGGAAAAACUCCAUGUGGAAUAUAAUAAGCUGUGUGAAUCUUUAGAAGAACUACAAAACCUGAAUGGAAAACUUCGAAGCGAAGGGCAAGGAAUAUGGGCCUUACUAGGCAGAAUCACAGGGCAGAAGUUGAACAUACCGGCAAUUUUGCGGGCACCCAAGGAGAGAAAACCCAGUAAAAAAGAAGGAGGCACACAAAAGACUUCUAUUCUUCCUGCAGUACUUUAUAGUUGUGGCAUUUGUAAGAAGAACCAUGAUCAGCAUCUUCUUUUAUUGUGUGAUACCUGUAAACUCCAUUACCACCUUGGGUGUCUGGAUCCCCCUCUUACGAGGAUGCCAAGGAAGACCAAAAACAGUUACUGGCAGUGUUCAGAAUGUGACCAGGCAGGGAGCAGUGACAUGGAAGCAGACAUGGCCAUGGAAACCUUACCAGAUGGUACCAAACGAUCAAGGAGGCAGAUUAAGGAACCAGUGAAAUUUGUUCCACAGGACAUGCCCCCAGAACCCAAGAAGAUUCCAAUAAGAAAUACGAGAACCAGAGGACGAAAGCGAAGCUUCAUUCCUGAGGAAGAAAAACAUGAGGAAAGAAUUCCUAGAGAGAGAAGGCAAAGGCAGUCUGUGUUACAGAAGAAGCCUAAGGCUGAAGAUUUGCGAACUGAAUGUGCAACUUGCAAGGGAACUGGAGACAAUGAAAAUCUUGUCAGAUACCCUUCAUGAGACCCAACUCUGCCACAGCUCAUCCUCGGAGGCAAUCCUGGAAACCUCUUUUAUAAGUGUGAUUUUAAAAAUGUGGAUAACACUCUCAAUAGAGUACAUAAAGUAAAGGAGAACAGCUAUCUUGUCCUUCCCAUAAGCUUAUCACUGCAAAAAGUUGCCUUUGCUUGUCAGGUUUGGAUAGAAUGUAAUUGAUUGGUUUGUUGCUUGGACUGACAAGGCAGUUAAUUUGCCUGUGUGGAUUUUUUUCUAUUUUUUUCUUUUUCUACUUUUUUUUUUCCUUGCACUAAUCAGAAAUAUUUGAUAUGUGCAUUGUUGAAAAAUAGUAGAUAAUGUCUUGUCAGAAUUGUCCUAUUAAGUGAUGUCUUUCCUUCUUGCUUCUUUGGCAAAUGAUGACAUGUGGUGUUUGGACUUACUGAAGAGCUGUGGAAGCCUGUGGGACUUAAAUGCAAUGUGCUACUACUCACUGUUGUUGUUGAACAAUACCAGUAACAAGAAAGACAAUGCAUUCCACUAGUCUGCUAUCCUGUUUAAUCCAGCUUAAUACAUAUAUUCAUAUAUGAAAUGUUAACAUUGGGAAACAACUAUAGACUCUUAUAUUAAAGGUUAUUUCUAUUUAUAUUAUUCAGCAAAAGUGAAAGACUUGUGAAAGCUUAUGCCAUUCUAGUUUUGGCUCAUUAAUCCUAGUGUGAAAGCACUAAUAUUAUUAGCAUGAAACUAUUACAACUUCAGAUUUUAACCUCAUUAGUAAAAUAUAUCUGUGUUGAUCUCUAGGUAUUUUUUAGUAAUACCCAAAUUUAUUCAGUCUAUUGAUUUAAUACAAACUUUCUGUGUUCAGUAUAAUUUUAUUUUUCUCAACCUUAAAUAAGAGGUUAUGAAAUAAGGAGGGAGAUACAAAGCUUAAUGACUAUACAGCUUGCCAGCUGAAAGAUCUUCAUCAACAUCUGUAUUUUUCCAGAGGUUUACAGAAUUAAAAUUUGAUCUUCAAGUUUUAAUGAUCCAGUUUUAAAUCAACGACAGACAUACGUUGAAUAUUCCAUCACUCCAUCUUGAACUGAUUUAGAAGAGACUCUUUGCUGAAAUUGAAAUGUACAUAUACAUGUAAUUCUCAACAUGUCUCUUGGAAUUUUCUGAUUUAUAAUUGUGGUUUUGGACAUCUUUUCAGGUAUAGUGGCAAUUAAAAAUAGUUUAAACUUUAGGAAUAGAGUAGGCAGUGUUAUAAAUAAUCAAAAGCAAGUGUAAGUAUAAAGUUGCUGUAUGGUAGUUAUCUAUAGUUAUAGUAAGGAACCAUAUUAUGGAUAAGAUGUUUAAUAAAAGUAAUAUGUAUAUAAAAUAUGUAUAAACUGAGAUUAACUUAUCAAAAGAUCUUUUAAUAUUGGAGGGAAAAUAUUAAUAGCCUGUAGCAAAACCAGUUGG